AUGGGGAGUUCAUGCUGUGCAAAGUAGCAAAGUGAAAAAGAAAUAUAAUAAGGAAUAAAGAGCAAUUAUAUUAGAUCAUAGACAAGUAAUACUUCUAAAGUUUUGUUCUCGAAACCUUCAUAAGAAGUUAAGUAUGAAAGUCACAUAUUACUUAAUAUUGAUGAAGAACCCGUUGAAGAAUUAAAAGAAGACUUUAAAGAUAAGAAGUUAUCUCCUUUGUCAAAAAAUUUAAAUAAAAAAUUUCUUAAUAUGUUGGAGUGA